AUGGUUAACUCGGCGUCGCCAAAACGCUGCGCAAUCAUCGGGGCCGGUGUGUCGGGCCUGCCAAGCGCCCGCUGGGCCAAGGCCUACGGCUAUGAACCGGUGGUUUUUGAGCUGAGAAAUAAUGUUGGAGGUUUGUGGUACUAUCAGAAUGAAAAUACUGAAUGUAAGUGAAGAUUGGGAUUUUUUGAAAAAAAUGGUCUUUUGGAAGAAUUUUUAAAUUUUUAGGAAAAAACUGGUUUUUCGGAGGAAUUUUUUUGGUUAUUAUGGAUACUUUUUGAUACUUUCUGAAUUUUUUGGAUACUUUUUGAUACCUUUUGAAUUUUGUGGAUACUUUUUGAAUUUUUUUGGGCAUGUUCAAGGAAAAAAUAAUAUUGGAUACUUUUUGAUACUUUUUUGUUUUUUGGUUGUUUUUAAAUUUUUUGAGGAAAAACUUUGUUGGAUACAUUUGGAUACCUUUUAGUUUUUUGUUGAGAAAAACGCUUUUUCUAAAAAAUGAUUUCUUUGAAAAAAAAUUUUUGGAUACUUUUUGAUACUUUUUGCCAAAAUCUUUUAAUUUUCUUUUUUCAGUCUCCUGUGUGAUGAAGAAGACAAUCAUGAACACCUCGAAGGAGAUGAGCGCCUAUUCCGACUUCCCUCCUCCACUUGACUUCCCAUGGUUCAUGACCAAUCAACGUAGGUGAAAAAAGUCUAGGCACUUUAUGAAAAUACUAAUACAAUACCCAAUAAUGUUUCAGGUAUGCACCAAUACCUUCAAUUAUACGCCAAACACCAUGAUAUUUUGAAGAAUGUUCGCUUCAAUCAUCGAGUAACUCGAGUGGAGCGGACGCCCGAUUUCGAAGAGACGGGCGAAUGGGCUGUCGAAUAUCAAGAUGCCAACAAAAACAAGAGCAGCGAGGUCUUCCAAGCCGUUUUGAUUUGCACUGGCCGACAGUCGGUCCCAUUCAUGCCUCCGGAAUACCCGGGACAGAAGAAUUUCAAGGGGAAAAUCAUCCAUUCCAAGGAUUAUAAGGUGGGAAAAAGUUGAUUUUGAAAUUUUUCAACAUUUUCUAAGAACUGGAAAAUUCUGAAAAGUGAUUUUUAAGAUGCCCUAAGGGUUAGCAAAAAAAAUUUUGUUUUUGAUUUUUUAUGAAAAAAAUUUUUUUGCAAAAAAUAAAAAUUUGGAUUUUGAAAUUUUAUUAAAAAAAAAUUCAAGAAAAUUAAAUAUUCGAUGAAAAAUAAGAAAAAAAUUUGUAAAAAAUUGAAAUUUGGCCUUUGAAAUUUCAUUAAAAAAAUUUCAAAAAAUCAAAAAAAAAAUUGUUUUCUAACAUUUUUUUUUUGAUAUUUUGAUUCCUUGACCUUUUCAAAACCAACCUAAAAUUACCUUUUUUCAGGACGCCAACAUUUUCGAAAACAAAAAAGUCCUUAUUGUUGGCCUCGGAAAUUCCGGCACGGAUGCGGCUUCGGAAGUCGGCCAAAUCGCCAAAUCCUGCUUUCUGAGUACGCGGCGCGGCGCCUGGAUCCAUCAUCGGACCAUCUACGGCAAACCCAACGACAUCUACUGCAAUCGGCGCAUCUUGGAAUACGUGAAGAAGGUUUUCGGCCGCGAUUUCCACGCCGGCCUCAUGGAGAGGGCGUUCAGAAGUUGUUUCGACCACAAAAUCUACGGGCUGAAUCCGGAACAUAAAAGCUACAAUCAGGAUCCAAUCUUGGUAGGGGAUUUUUUGGCAUUUUGAAAGAAAAAAAAAUUUUUGGAAAAAAUUUCAAAAAAUUUUUUUCUCCCAGAUCAUCACCAAAUUUGGCAUGGAAGUUCCAAAUAGGCCAGGUAUAAAUCCCUGAAAAUUUUAGCUCUCUGCUUUCUCUCGCGUUCGAGAUAUUACGCAAUCUUUUUUCGAGAGAGCACGCAAAAUGAGGAGAGUCGGUCAGACAAAAAAAAGGUUUUGUCCAGAUCUUCGUUCAUUUUGCUCGGAAAAAAGUGGUUUUUUGAAAAAAAUGUUCGGUUCGGCAUUCGUAACAGACGCUGAUUUUUUGAAAUGAAAUGAAAAAGAUUUUUUUUGGAAAAAAAUUCAAAAAAAAAUUUUCUCCCAGAUCAUCACCAAAUUUGGCGUGGAAGCUCCAAAUAGGCCAAAUAUCAAUCCCUGAAAAUUUUAGUUCUCUGCUUUCGCUCAUAUCCCAGAUAUUAAACAAUCUUUUUUCGAGAGAGCACGCAAAAUGAGGAGAGUCAGUCAGACAAAAAAUAGUUUUUGGCUUGAUCUUCAUUCAUUUUGCUUGGAAAAUAGUAUUUUUUUGAAAAAAUAUUUAUUUGGCAUUUGUAACAGACGCUGAUUUUUUGGAAAUUAAAAAAACAAAAAAAAAUAUUUUUUUUUGAAAAAUUCCGAACUAAAAAUCUUGAUUAUUUCUGCAAAGCUCAAGCUAAAAAUCCUGAGAAACUGUAAAAAAAAAUUAUUCUAAUUUUGCAAUAAAGCUUUAGGGCACAAUGAAAAAAAUUUUUUUUUUUUGAUUUUUUCUCUCAAAAAUUCCCGAAAAAUCGCAUGUCCAAUGUUUACCCCAAAACAUUUCCAGAUCUGCGACGAGCUGCAGCUCCGUUUGGCAGCAGGUCAAGUCGUCCUGAAGCCGGAAAUCCACUCAUUCACCGAAAAUUCCGUCAAAUUCGCGGAUGGGACCGUUGAAGAGAUCGAGGAUGUGGUGAUGGCGACUGGAUUCAGCUACAACUUUGAUUAUCUGGAGAAUGGCAAGAUCAUUCCAACCAAGGAUGAUGAUUUGAGACUGUGGAAGAACAUGUUCCCAUUGAGUUUGAUGGAAUCGAAAAAAGGGACCACUCUGGCGAUGGUGGGCAUGCUACAGGUGAGGAGGUUGGGUCAUUCGGAGGACUGACAUUAUUAUUUUCAUAAAGUGCGUGGACAUUUUUUGCAGUGAAUUUUGAACUGUUUCAAGCCCUUGUCGCCAACGCAUAGUACAAUAAAAAAUUUGAAUAUGCAGAUUAAAUUUUUUUUGAAUUUUCAAAAUUUCUGAAUAUGCAAAUUUUUGACAAAUUGAAUAUGCAAAAAUUAUAAUUUUGGGACUCAAAAAAUCAUCCUUAAAAAUUUGCAUAUUCAAAAUAUUUUUUUAAUAUGCAAAUUUUUGCUAAAAACUCUUUAAGGCGCGACCAAAUGUCCAUUCACUUUAUGAAAAUAGUACAAUAAAAAAUUUGAACAUGCAAAUUAAAACUUUUUGAAUAUUCAAAAUGUUUUGAAUAUGCAAAUUUUUGGUAAAAAAAUUUGAAUAUGCAAAAAUUAUUGUUUUUGGACCCAAAAAAUCAUCUUAAAAAAUUUGAAUAUUCAAAAUAAUUUUUUAAUAUGCAAAUUUUUGCUAAAAAAAUUUAAAUAUGCAAAUUGCACAUUUUGGUAUUCAAAAAAUUGAGCAGAAGGAGAAGAUUCUUUGAACCCAAAAUCCACAUUAUUUUCCCGACAAACAGACAAAAAAAAUUUUUACUGUCAAAUUUUUCAUUUCCAGCUUUCCGGCGCCAUUAUGCCAGCGAUGGAGAUGCAGGCGCGCGUCUUCUUCGAAGUGAACGCCGGCCACGUUAAAUUGCCCACCACGAACGCCAUGCACGCCGAGAUUAUGCGCGACCAGGAGCAGCGUCGCCGGCAGUACAUGGGGGCGCGCGCCAACUACACCAAGGUCUGUUUCAUCGACUAUAUGCGCGAAAUGGGCCAACUGAUCGGCUGUUAUGCGGACCCGUUCCGCCUCGUUUUCACGGAUCCGAAGCUGGCGUAUCGACUUCUCUUCCAUCCAGAUUUACCGUAUUCCUAUCGACUGCAAGGGCCGUUCGCGUGGCCGAAGGCGAGGGAGAUGAUUUUUUCGGUGUACGAGCGCAUGGACUGUGGCUUAAUCAAGAAGGACACAAGAGCUGUGCAAAAAGUUCAGAGCCGUGAUAAGGGCUAUUUGACAAUGUCGGUGGUCAGCUUGACCUUGUCCUCGGCCAUCUUCUUCUACUUGUUGAACAGUCUGCUCACGGUGAUGGUUUAA